AUGGAACCUCCUCACCUUGGGCAAUACAAGCCCCUUUUCACCUCGCAAAGUGUCCAACGGGAUUGGGAAUCCGCCCUACAUGACUUCCUCAUUCAGCAUCCCACUUUGCGCUUCAUCCGUCUGCAAUGGCAGGACCACUCAGGGAUACUGCGCUCGCGUAUGGUUGUUCCCAAGCAACUCCUGCGGAUGACUGCGGCCCAGAAGCCCAUUCACGCACCGCCCAUCGCCUUUCAUUGUGUGGCCGACAAUACUCUUGUCUCUGGCCUUGAUCCCUCUGGGAACCAUUUCCUCGUUCCCGACUGGUCCUCCCUACGGAUGCUGCCCGCAUGCCCUCAAACCGCAAUGGUGAUGUGCGGCGUCCUUGCUUCCACACCCGCUCAGCCCAUCCCCAACCACGACCUCUGUCCUCGCCGCGCACUCGCGAGUAUCGUAGGUCGCGCCAAGGAGGUCUUUUCUCUGGAUUUCCUGGUCGGCUUUGAAGUUGAAUUCGAGCUCAUGCAGCGGACCUCCGAGCUGGGCGAUGACGGCGACGGCCACGCUCUCGUGCCCGCCACCAAUGGACUGGGCCGCUACGCCGUCGACGGGCUACGGCAUCCCCACUUCAACCUCGUUGAAUCAACCAUCCAUCAGCUUCUCGAUGCUGGGGUGGACAUUCAGGCCGUGCAGACCGAAGGCCGCCGCGGCCAGUACGAGCUGUCGCUCGCCCCGCGCACCCCUCUCGAGGCAGUCGACGAGCUCAUCCUCGUCCACGAUACCCUCAAGACAACCAUGGCCCGCCACGGCCUCAUCGCCACCAUGUCGCCAAAGCCCGUCGCCGGCCGCCGCCAGGCUACUGGCCAGCACACGCACAUUUCCAUCUCGCGGCCCGAGGUCCAGGACCAGUUCCUCGCUGGGAUUCUGCACCGUCUCCCAGCCCUCUGCGCCGUAUGCCUGCCCUACGACUUGUCGUACGAACGAGUGCAGCCCUAUCUUGGCGGCGACCAGGUCGCGUGGGGCUCUCAUAACCGGGAGGUCCCCGUCCGCAAGAUUCGCCCCGGUCAUUGGGAGAUACGCUGUGUCGAUGCCACUGCCAAUAUGUACCUGAUGCUGGCGGCGACCCUGGCAGCCGGACUUCUGGGAGUUAGUCACCAGAUGCCGCUGUCGUGGCCUGAUACGGCGAUUACGCAGACCCUCUGUCGGGAUGAUCAUUCCAACGGCACGAAUGGCGCGAACGGCACGAAUGGCACGAAUGGCACGAAUGGCACGAAUGGCACGAAUGGCACGAAUGGCACGAAUGGCAC